AGUAACUAAACAUAAAUAAAUAAAACGACACAAUGACUAAAUUAGAUGAGUUAACCUCGUUCUUGCAUGAAAGACUUACGGUGGCGGUAAAUGAGAUUUUAGACACGGUGAACAGGACGAUGCAGGAGUAUGAAGAGGAAACAGCUCGAAUCCGCACAGAAAACAAUUAUCUUAAAGAAUUGUUAAAGAACACAGGACGCAGUUCUACUCAAUCCAAUGCAGAUGAAGUUGCUGCUGUGUACCCUGAGAAUCAUGACUGCAUCUUAAGCUUGGAGCAGCAACCAAAGCCCCAGGAAAGCCUGAGUCAACCCCAAGCACCAAAGAAAGAAAACGACAGCAUAAAAACAGAGCCGUUCUCCCCACCAUGUCCUGCUGAUCCUGAGAUUGAACCCGAAAAAACAAGGAAUACUGUGGUACCUUCCCAGUGUACGCCUCUCUUAAACACACAUUCUGUUGAUCAGGAGGUGAUUGACUACAAUUUCACUGCAAAGGUUAAAGUAGAGUCCAUGACCAAAGAGCCACACUCAGGUGAUGCAUCAGACAACGUAGACAUCAGCAACCAGUGCUGGUCCCCACCAAACCUGGAUCUGCUUUCUGAAAACAGUUAUCAGAGCAGAGUACAACAAGGAUCUGGACAGCAGUCAUGGAGCACUGAAAGUGUUUGUACAACUGACUACGCCUUUCAAAACCAGACUGCAGAGUUCCAGGCUGCAUUUAGCUAUGCACAAAGAACCAUAUGCAGUAACAGGCACUGUACCAGUAAACACUGUGAACUGCAGAAAAGGACUACAUCCAAAUCAAGCCCUGUAUGGCAGUAUUUCUCACUGAAAGCAGGAGACUGUAGUAAAGCAGUGUGUCUUAUGUGCAAGGCAGUGAUAUCUCGUGGUGUAAAAGAGUACACCACAUCAGCGCUGUUAAAACACCUUCGUAUGAAACACGGCAAAUGUUGAUAUUGUACUUUUAUUUAUUUUAUUUUUUUAAAUAAGUAUUUAAUCAAGCGCUGGUAUUCCAAACGUUCAUAAAUUAACAUCUGCACCUAUAUUUACUUAUUUGUUUAUUUACAGAUUAAAA